ACACCCACCCUUCAGCUGCUUUAGUCGAAAACUCCUUUCCUUACAAGGACAACUUUGUCCCAAGAUCAUGGCAAAUCACCUGAAGUUCAUUGCCAGGACUGUGAUGGUGCAGGAAGGCAAUAUGGAAGGUGCAUACAGGACCCUGAACAGAAUUCUUACUCUGGAUGGGCUCAUCGAUGACAUCAAGCGGCGGAGAUACUAUGAGAAGCUAUGUCGCCGACGACAGAGAGAGAGCUAUGAGACUUGUCGGCGCAUCUACAACAUGCAAAUGGCACGAAAAAUUAACUUCCUGAUGCGCAAGAAUCGCUUGGAUCUGUGGCAGGGCUGCUGA